GCGGCACAAUAGCGUCACCAAGAACUAUCACUUACCCCUUGCCUAGGCUGAAGUGACGCCGCCACAGCAACUUAGUCAUGAGCCCGACGGAUCGUCAACGUCGACUCAUUCAAACAAUCCCCACUAUAGAUAGAUAACCAACUGACCCCUCAUCUCGGGCCCAGAAUCCCCUCUCGCCACAGCCCAUCCCGCCCAGCGCCUACCCACCUGCCCUCCCUGCUGCAACAAUCACAUCCCGCCCGUGCAUUCAUGCACGAGACCCCCCGCACCAUCCAUGGCCGCCGACCCGAUAGAGUGGUACCCGGCCCGCAUCCUGCAGGAGGCCCGGGCCGAAGAAGGAGGGGAGGAGCAGCCUGGCAGUAGUCCUCCCAACCCGUUCGCCCUCAUCAUCCUCAACCAGCCGCUGCGGGACGUGGCCACGCUCAAGAAGCUAUGGAGGAACUCAUCCCUGCGCGUCGCGGCAGACGGCGGCGCAAACCGCCUCCUGGACGUGGUCGAGAGUGAGCAAGGUGACGGCGGGCUCUUCGACAAUCUAGACGCCAUAAUAGGCGACCUGGACUCGCUCACGCCCCAGGCGAGGCAGCACUUCACCACCACCACCACCACCGCCCACCCGGCAAAGGUGAUCCACGACCCGGAGCAGGACUCGACGGACUUUGGCAAGGCGGUCAGGUGGGUCCGGGCGUCCACCAACACCGCCGACACCACAGCCCCGCCGGUGGACAUCGUGGCCCUGGGCGGGCUGGGCGGCCGCGUCGACCAGGGCCUGAGCCAGCUGCACCACCUGUACCUGUUCCAGGGGUCGCCGUGCUACGCCGAGGGGAGGCUGUUCCUCGUCAGCGGGGAGUCGGUGACGUUCCUGCUGAAGGGCGGCAGCAGGACACACCGCAUCCACGUGCGGGAGAAGGGGCAGGAGGAGGGGGAUGUGGGUGUGUUUGACAAGUACGCCGGCGUCGUGCCCGUCGGGGGGCCGAGCGUCAUCACGCUCAGGGGGUUCGAGUGGGACGUCGAGGGGUGGGCGACCGAGUUUGGGGGCCGGAUGAGCACGAGCAACCACGUGCUGCCCGGCAGCGAGGUGGUCGAGGUCGAGACCACGCGGGAUGUGCUGUUUACGAUUGCGCUGAGGAGGUGAUGCGGCCGUCCUGUGGUGAAAGGGCUGGCCUGUUAGCCAUGGGGCCGAGGUGGUCUACGGUUCAGAUGCUCUCGGAGGGAGGGCGGAGACAGUGUCCCAGAGAGUUAAAGGGUCCUUUCAUUCCCCCAUAGAUAACGACGACGCCAAACAGCUCUUCACGCCCGCCCAAAACGCCAUGCUGAUGCAGGUCUCAAAACAAGAUACGACCAAGAUAAACCCCCCCCCCUCCACCCAGACCUCACCGCAGGAAGUGCAGGCACAGCCAGCAGAACAAGAAGAAGACCACCACGCCGGCCCAGAAGAUCCACCUGUCCUCCCGCGCGCGCCGCUCAAUCAUCCGGAUCGUGUCCCCGGACACGCCCAGCGUGUUGGCGACCGAGUACAGCCGCCGCUGCGUGCCCUUGAGCAUCUCGCGCUGCGCCCCGAGGUCCCCCAGCACCGCCUGGCCGCGCGCGAUGUACUCGUCCAGCGCCGAGUUGGUGCUGGCGAAGAAGUCCUGCUCCCGCAGCGCGUGGUCCUCACGGGUGACAUCGUUGCUGCCCAGCCCGUAUCCCCCACCCCCGCCGCCGGUGCUCGUGUUGCGCGCGUGACCUCCCCCUCCCCCUCCCCCGUACCCCCCGUACGAGCUGGA